CCACAGCGUCGGCAGAAUAAAUCCGAGCGCCGGAACAAAACCGGAGAAUUCGCGCGUAAUUACACAGAUCUCUGAAUGAGAUUCUUCAGCAACUAAAGGAAGAGAAACCGGGACAAAUAAUCGGACAAAGAAGACUUUUUCCGCCUUCUAAUAUAUUUCCACCAGGUUUUGAUUAUUUAAAAGGAACAGGGAGCUCACGAGAGAUUUGGAGAUGAUGCUGUGCGGCAUCUUUCUGCUGUUGAUGCUUUGGAGUAGUGAAGGCGCCAGAUUGGCAGAGAGCCGGGAUGACAACAGCGUGUAUGACUUAUUUGAUCUCGCCCGAGUGAACAAGAGACACGGAGUGAGCCUGGUGAGAGGUGCAGACCCCUACAGCCCCGCGUACAAAAUCCUAAACGCAGACCUGAUCCCCCACGUCCCCGACAGCUCCUUCCGGGACCUCAUCGACUCCAUCCAGGCUGAGAGGGGUUUCCUCCUUCUGGUCAACCUGAAGCAGUUCAAGAAAACCAGAGGCAGCAUUUUAACUAUCGAGAAAGCCGACGGAUCCGGCUCGGUUUUCGAGAUCAUUUCCAACGGCAAGGCGAACACCUUGGAUGUCGUCUACUCCACCAUGAACCAGCAGCAGCUGGUGUCCAUCGAGGAUGCAGAUUUGGCCACUGGGCACUGGAAGAACAUCACCCUGUUCAUUCAGGAUGACAGAGCGAAACUUUUUGUGGGCUGCGAGGAGAUUAACGAGUCAGAAAUGGAUGUGCCGAUCCAUAAGAUCCUGUCCCAGGAUGUGGCGGAUAUUGCGCGCCUCCGGAUUGGAAAGGGAGCCGUGAAAGACAGAUUCAUGGGAGUGCUCCAAAAUGUGCGCUUUGUCUUUGGGACAACUUUGGACACCAUCCUGAGAAAUAAGGGUUGCCAGAGGGGAGGUGUCUUAACUGACAUGUUGACCCUGGAGAACCCAGUGAAUGGCUCCAGUCCGGCCAUCAGGACCGAUUACACUGGCCACAAAGCCAAAGAUCUGCAGACUGUCUGCGGUCUCUCUUGCGAGGACAUCAUGAGCAUGUUCAAGGAGCUCAAAGGACUCGGCGUGAUUGUAAAGCAGGUUUCAAAUGAACUCCGUAAAGUGUCAGAGGACAACAAAUUCCUACAAAGCCAUAUUAAGAUCCACAGCGGCGGCUGCAUCCACAACGGCGUUAUGCGCAAAGACAAAGACGAAUGGACGGUGGACAGCUGCACCGAGUGCACCUGCCAGAAUUCCGCAACAGUGUGCCGCAAGAUAUCCUGCCCGGUCAUCCCCUGCACUAACGCCACUGUGCCUGAUGGCGAGUGCUGCCCUCGAUGCGGAACACCAAGCGACUAUGCAGAGGAUGGUUGGUCCCCAUGGUCUGAAUGGACCCACUGCUCGGUGACCUGUGGUCGGGGCAUCCAGCAACGUGGACGCUCUUGCGACCGCAUCAACAGCAUCUGUGAGGGGACUUCAGUCCAGACCCGUGACUGCUAUCUUGAGGAAUGUGACAAACGCUUCAAACAAGAUGGUGCCUGGAGUCACUGGUCUCCGUGGUCUUCCUGCUCUGUGACCUGUGGUGAGGGCAACAUCACUCGAAUUCGCCUCUGUAACUCCCCAACACCCCAGAUGGGUGGGAGGGACUGCCAGGGAGAAGGACGUCAAACCGAAAUCUGCCGAAAGUCACCCUGUCCCAUCAAUGGAGGUUGGGGACCCUGGUCGCCAUGGGACACUUGCACUGUUACCUGUGGUGGAGGAGUCCAAACCCGGAAACGUCUCUGCACUGACCCCAUUCCAAAAUAUGGAGGAAAAGAUUGUGUUGGUGAUUCCACAAUGUCUCAAAUUUGCAACAAACAAGAAUGUCCUGUUGACGGAUGUUUGUCCAACCCAUGCUUUCCUGGUGCAAAGUGCAUCAGCUUCCGUGAUGGUUCCUUUAAGUGUGGCAGAUGUCCACUUGGCUACACUGGGAAUGGUAUCACAUGCAAAGACAUUGAUGAGUGUAAAGAAGUUCCUGACGCUUGUUAUACACAUAAUGAUGUCCAUCGCUGUGAGAACACAAAACCAGGUUACAACUGUCUGCCUUGCCCACCUCGGUAUUCUGGUUCUCAGCCCUUUGGAAGAGGAGUUGAGCAGGCAACAGCCAAAAAACAGGUUUGCAAACCUCGUAACCCCUGCCAAGAUGGUAGCCACGAUUGCAAUAAAAAUGCCAACUGCAUCUACUUGGGCAUCUUCUCCGAUUCCAUGUUCCGGUGUGAGUGCAAACCAGGAUAUGCAGGGAAUGGUCACAUCUGUGGAGAGGACAGCGAUUUGGAUGGAUGGCCCAACACUGACCUGCUUUGUGUGGAGAACGCCACCUAUCAUUGCAAGAAGGAUAACUGCCCAAACCUUCCCAACUCUGGUCAAGAAGAUCACGACAAAGAUGGCCUGGGUGAUGAAUGUGACAAUGAUGAUGACAACGAUGGAAUCCCCGAUGAUAGGGACAACUGCCCAAAACUAUACAACCCUGCCCAGUAUGACGCAGACAGAGAUGAUGUUGGUGAUCGCUGUGACAACUGUGUGUUCGAGGCUAACACAGAUCAAACCGACACAGACAACAAUGGAGAAGGUGACGCCUGUGCCGUUGACAUUGACGGAGAUGGUAUUCUGAACGAGAAUGAUAAUUGCCCAUAUGUUUACAACGUGGAACAAAAAGACACUGAUAGGGACGGGGUGGGAGACCAUUGUGACAACUGCCCCCUUGAGCACAACCCUGAUCAGAUCGACUCUGACUCAGAUCGUGUGGGAGACAAGUGUGACAACAACCAGGACAUUGACGAGGAUGGUCACCAGAACAACAUGGACAACUGCCCCUAUAUCCCCAACGCCAACCAGGCAGAUCAUGACAAAGACGGAAAGGGUGAUGCUUGCGACCACGAUGAUGACAAUGAUGGCAUUCCUGAUGACAAAGACAACUGCAGACUGGCCUAUAACCCAGAUCAACUAGAUUCUGAUGGUGAUGGUCGUGGUGAUAUAUGCAAGGACGACUUCGACCAAGACAAGGUUUUGGACAUUUAUGAUGUGUGUCCUGAGAACUUUGCCAUAAGUGAAACUGACUUCCGCAGAUUCCAGAUGGUUCCUUUGGAUCCCAAGGGUACUUCUCAGAUUGAUCCCAACUGGGUGGUGCGCCAUCAAGGCAAGGAGCUGGUUCAGACUGUUAACUGCGAUCCUGGCAUUGCUGUCGGCUAUGAUGAGUUCAGUGCUGUAGAUUUCAGUGGGACGUUCUUCAUCAACACAGACAGGGAUGACGACUAUGCUGGAUUCGUGUUUGGUUACCAGUCCAGUUCUCGCUUCUACACAGUAAUGUGGAAACAGAUCACACAGACCUACUGGUCCCAUACACCCACAAGAGCCCAAGGCUACUCUGGCCUGUCCAUCAAAGUGGUCAACUCCACUACUGGGCCUGGAGAACACCUGAGGAAUGCCCUGUGGCACACUGGGGACACUGCAGGACAGGUGCGCACUCUGUGGCAUGACCCCAAGAAUAUUGGCUGGAAGGACUUUACUGCCUACAGAUGGAAUCUGACCCACAGACCCAAGACUGGGCUCAUUCGGGUGAUAAUGUAUGAAGGCAAACGAAUUAUGGCAGAUUCUGGCAAUAUCUACGACAAGACGUACGCCGGAGGACGACUCGGCUUGUACGUCUUCUCUCAGGAGAUGGUUUAUUUCUCAGACCUCAAAUACGAAUGCAGAGACACAUAAUGGGACCGCACUGAUUCCCAGAAGAACAUAUCAUUUUCUUUAUGAAUAUAUAGUACAAGAUUUGGAGCGAUAUCUAACUUUUCCUUUGAGAAAUGCACAUUGGAGGAACGGCGAGCUGGUGUGAGGUAAUCUGACCUCAGGACUUUAAGCCAAAUGAAAGUUCAAUGACGAUUCUGCACCAAACUCAAAUUGUGAGCACAACACUGCUCAGAAGAAACCGACCCUGCUCUCGCUUUGGAGGAGGGCCGCACUACUUGCUUUGCACAGCUGAACUGUUGUCGGUAUUCCUUUAAAUGAGGGUUCAAAGGGAAGCGCGCUUUUUCACCCCCCUUUCUUUUUUGAGCAAUAAUAUGCAUCUGCUGUGGACUCAGAGAGACAUAUCAGUAUGAAGACAGCAGUAAGAGAACUUUUUUAGAAUGGGGAACUAAUGCCCCUUGAAGGAACUAUUGAGGGACCAUGGACAGUAUGGAUGGACUGUUAUGAUCAAAGAGUGACUGAGUGUUUUUGUGCAUGUGUGUCAUUUCAAAAGAAUACUUAUGAAGACAACUGACUGUUUUUUCUCUGUUUUCGAUCACCCGUCACCUGAGAGCCUAUAUAUUCUCAUGUUUAGCCAAAAGGUAGGGCUGGUCCAAGACAUUAAUCCUAGUCUUCUCAGGAAUACAAAACGCAAAGGCUGUGAUUACAUCAGUCUUUUUAUUCAUCUUCGAGAGACAAAAUACAAGCACCAGCUGUCCUUACAUCUUCACGGUUUCUCUGGUUAGUCUUCUGCACAAUAGACAAUCAGAAGCCCACACUGUCAGGCUUUGAAAAGGGCUUCAUAUAAACCUUGUAGUUCAUAAACAGGUGAGCAGAUUUUCACCAAACCUGGUAGGAAUAUUCCUGAAGUGAGUGUCUCCAGAUGAUUAACAUUUGGAGUAGAUCAACAAAGUCUUCAAAGACAACACCUUUACAUGGACUUCGGUGAGUCUUCAAAGCUCACUGCAGGUGCCAUUGUUCCAAAAUGAUGCUUGCUGAUAUUUUUUUGAGAUGAACCAUGUUUUGAGAAGUCCAGUCAGGUUCAUACUGCAGCCAGUUCCAAUCUGAGCAUGAGUUAAUUCUGUUUUUGAGCAUGUAAACGGUUAAAGCAGGAUGAGAUGGUUGAAUAUCCCAAAUCAAGUCAGGUGUAGUGAUGCAGAGUAACCAAUGCCAAAAAUGAAAGGGAACAAAAUUCAGGACACACAGGGCCCUAAAACACUGCUCUGGAAAAGUAACUAUAAGCCUUUAUUACAGUUUUUAAUAUUAGCAAUCUUUAAUAAAUGUGUCAAGGCAUGGAAAUCUUAGAGAAAUAGAUUUUCGAUCUCUUUAAGGCCCAAAUAAUAGUGUGAUAAAAUAGAUAACUUAUCCCUAAAUCCCAUUCUGCUUCUGCACAGUAGGCAUGGCUGUUGUGAGUGUGUGUGUGUGUGUGCUUUUUGGAUGAGGGAAAAUCAAAGGAAACCUUUUGUGUACAAAUAUUACCUCAUGAAUUAUUUUUGUAUCUAGGCCAGCAAUACACAAGAAUCACUCUUCUUAGCAACAGAGUAAAAACUGGUCGGCUUCUUUGUAAGCAAGUAUUUAGUGCCAUUUAUAUACUGUAUAUAAGAUAUUUUUGUAGCAGAAGAAGCCCCCCAACAGGAACGUAAAGGACUGAAGAGCUGCUGUGCUUGAUGUAUUUCUUGUGGAUUUUUGAUAAAUUAUUCUAGUUGUUUUAUGUUGAGGUUAUGUCAUUUGUGUAGAUAUAUGCUAUUUAAAUAAUUUAUCUAGAAGCGUAGCCUCAUAUGGAAGCGUUUCUGUCUGUAUAAACUUAUUUGCACACUGACAUGAGGAUGUCUGUUGUUCAGAUUUUUGUAUGUCUUUUUUUUAUUAUUAGUGAAGCUUUUCUAUAAACAUUUGUCCCAUAGUUUCGACCCAAAGUUGCUGUUUAUACUCCUACCUGUUAUUUUGUAAUGACAAGUGUACAAUAAACACUUCUGGAAAA